AUGCCCUGUCGUUGCACCAUCCCAGAGUUCGCCUCGUAUACCGUAGAUCGGUACAAGUUCGAACGUCGCCUCAGCUCAAGCCCACACGCCGCGGUAUACCUCGCCCACGAAAGCGAGCCUGACACAACCACCACCACCCCGCGCGCGAUCAAGAUCAUGCGCGUGCACCCGCGGACGGGGAACUCUACCCCGGGUCAAGAACACGAGCGCAAGACGCUUGCCUACCUGGCCGCUCACGCGGUCCCCAACGUCACCCGCCUGGUUCGCGCGAUUCGGUGCGACAUAUACAUACUCUUCGUCUUUGAGUACAUGUCCGGCGGGUCGCUCAAGGACGCGCUGGACGCGCGCGCCCCGCUGCUGGGCGACAUCGAGACCGUGAAGCGCCUCUUCCUCCAGAUCUUGGACGGCGUCACGGCGUGCCACCUCAUGGGCAUCUACCACCGGAACCUGAGCCUGGACAACAUCAUCGUGGACAGCACCCUGAGCAGGGCGUGCAUCGGCGGCUUCCGUUACUCCACCAAGGACACCGUGACGAGUCAGUUCGGCGUCGGCGCGAAGCGGUUCAUGUGUCCCGAAUGCAUCGAGAACAACGACGUCGACCAGCCGGACUACAACACGCGUCGGAACGACGUAUGGGCGCUCGGUGUCAUCCUCGUCAACCUCGCGUUCGACAUCGAUCCCUUCGAGGAGGCGUCCGCGCGGGACCCGUGCUACCGCGCGUUCCGCGCGAGCCCCAUCUACUUCCGCACCGAGCUCCCGAUCUCGCUCGGCCUCCAGGCCAUCCUCAACCGCGUGUUCACCGUGGACCCGGACGCGGCGAUGUCGCUCACGCACCUGCGCGCCCAGAUCUGCGACCUCAAGUCGUUCUGGAUGGCCCCCUUCGACCUC